AUGAAAGGAGCUCCAGGAGCCCAGUCCUGCCAUCAGUCUCCGCUUCUUCCGGGUCGUAUCGUAGCGUUGAUUAGUGGUGCCAUUAAGGGACCAUUCCGUGGCACUCAAAGGCCCAGUGAAGAUGCAGAAAUCAUAGAGCAGAUCCUCUCCUUCGCCGAGAUCCACCCGCACAUCAAUCAGGUCGAAAACCACCUGUUCCUACCCAGCACGGAGCUCAUCAAUUACUGCUUCAAACACACCGUCCUUCCCGAAGCCUAUUCACCCCUCGGCUCGGAGAAUCAGGUGCCCACGACCGGCGAGAAGGUUGCUACGGACCCGACGCUCCAUGCCAUUGCGAAGGAGGCGGGCUACACGCUUGCUCAAGAGAUGAAGUUGACGGAUGAGCAGUUUGAGGCGGUAAAUAAGGUGGCUGAGGGGGAGACAUGUGCGGUUUGUUUUGUGAAUAAGAAGGAUACCUUUGGGUAUGAUGUGUGGCCUGAAGAGAGUGAGGGAGCUUCUGGGUAA